CACACUUCAACACUUAUCUUUUACUCCUGUGUUCUGUCUUAAAUCAUUGAAUCUUCCUAUCGACAAAAAAUAAAAUAAAAAGAAAAAAGAGACAUGGCAGACAAAACCGAUCGUAUGAACGAUCUCACGACUUUUAUCUCGACGAACACCGGAGUUAAAGGACUCGUCGAUGCCGAAAUAACCGAAGUUCCUCGAAUCUUCCAUGUCCCUUCUUCAACCUUAUCAAACAACAGAGCUUCAAAUAUCUCCGACUUAAACCUCACCGUCCCAAUCAUCGACCUCGGAGAAAUCACUAAUGAUAUUGAUGUCACAUCCUCGAGGAACAACGUCGUUUUGAAGAUCAAAGACGCAGCUGAGAAUUGGGGAUUUUUUCAAGUGAUCAAUCAUGGUGUUCCUUUAACUUUUCUUGAAGAGAUGAAACAAGGAGUUCGAAAGUUCCACGAAGAAGAUCCAGAAGUGAAGAAACAAUACAUGUCUAGCGAUUUAAACAAGAGAUUUCUUUAUAACAAUAAUUUCGAUCUCUAUCAUUCUUCUCCUAUGAAUUGGAGAGACUCUUUCACUUGUUACAUUGCUCCAGAUCCUCCAAAUCCAGAGGAUAUUCCAGUAGCGUGCAGGGGUGCUGUGAUCGAAUACACGAAGCAUGUAAUGGAAUUGGGAGAUUUGAUCUUCCAACUUCUAUCAGAAGCUUUAGGUUUAGACUCUGAGAUACUGAAGAGGAUGGAUUGUCUUAAGGGUUUGUUCAUGGUUUGCCAUUACUAUCCACCUUGCCCUCAGCCAGACCUAACUUUGGGGAUAAGUAAACACACCGAUAACUCUUUCUUCACGCUUCUUCUUCAAGACCAAAUCGGUGGUCUUCAAGUUCUCCAUCAAGAUUAUUGGGUUGAUGUCCCUCCUGUUCCUGGAGCUCUUGUCGUCAACAUUGGUGAUUUCAUGCAGCUGAUAACGAACGACAAGUUCUUGAGUGUGGAGCAUAGGGUACGAGCGAAUAGAGAUGGACCGCGGAUUUCCAUCGCUUGCUUCUUUAGCUCAAGUCUGUCUCCAAAUUCUACGGUUUAUGGACCGAUAAGAGAGCUCCUGUCUGAUGAAAACCCUGCAAAGUACAAAGAUAUCACCAUACCAGAGUACACUACAGGAUACCUUGCAAACAUCUUUGAUGGAAAGUCAUAUUUGUCUAAUUUCAGGAUAUGAGAAAAGUCUUGUCCGACUUAGUGAAUGAUUGCUAUUUGUGUUCUUUUGCAUAUGUUAAGCUACUUUAUAUGUUCUCGCUCUGGAGUUCUGGAACCACUGUAUGUACCAAUAAGAAAAAAAUGUAAUACACACAAGACGCUUUAAGUAACUUACUACCGGAUAUUUCGACGUCCA